UCCGAUCGCCUAUCGGUCGAGCCUCAGUCUUGUUUCAUUAGCUGUUAAGUGAAGAAGGAAAUAAAGUUCAGGGUUUCAACCCAUAAUUGGCGCUGUAGCAGUCGGUCACAGUUCGGUAGUGACAGUGUUAAAAACAGUGGAACAGUGAAGAAAUAAGAAAUCAUCACUAAGUGGUACCCGCAGCAGCAUCCGCAACUGAAGGUUUAAAUCCGUUGUUGGAUUUGAGGACCCCCCGGCACGACAACUUACCACACUAGAACCAAGGGCCCCACGUAAGUGAAUUAUUCGUUCUUACUAUAUUUAGUUAGUGUCAUUUUUUUAAUCACUUUUGCCUCCCGCUCAACGAGCCAGAACCAGAAGCGAAUAAUCAAUUUUUGCACAUUCCCCCUCUUGAGAACGACGCGCUCCAAGUAGACGUCAAUUCUCACCUCUCCACAAACGAAACGAUUCGAACAGCAGGUGCGCUUUAGGUCUCGUUUGCAUAAGGCUAAACGCCGCAACGACAGCCAAGUACCUUUGACCAUUCGAUUUCAUGCCUAAAGCGGUCAGUAGCCCAGCGCUUAAAAAGGCACGGAAGCUAUUGAACAUUGCUUUCAAAAAUACCGAUAUAUCAGAGACAGAGGAAAGUUCCGAUUCGGAUUCAUCUGGAGAUUUUUCGCACGUCCCAUUAAGGGAUACUAAACAAAUUACCCAAUUAUCAAAUUUGUCCAUUAACCGAUUCGAAGGAAUGGAGGAAAUUGCCGCACAACUUCGUGCGAUUAACGAAAAAAUGUCACUCUUUAACGAGCGACAGCAACAGCAGGAAAAUGCUUUACAGUCGCUGAGUCAACAAGUCGAACAGACUCAAAUUCCGGAACAAACACGAACACCAGAAGUGCUAAUUCAAAUUCAACAUCAAAUACAAGAUUGUAGAGUUGAGGAUUUUUUUCGCAUACCGGAUCCAAUAAAAUCUCUCCCAUCAUUCGAUGGAAGUCGUAAACAAUUGACGGCGUGGUUAACCACUGCCGAGGAGACUUUAGAUUUAUUUAAAGGAAGAAUAAGCGAUCAACUUUUCAGGAUGUAUGUUACAGCUGUAACAAACAAAAUUGAAGGAAGAGCCAAAGACAUUCUCUGUUUAGCAGGGAAUCCCAAAGAUUUUGAAUCUAUUAAGGAUAUUCUUACGAAUGCCUUAGGCGAUCGUCAAGAACUAUCCACAUAUAAGUGCCAAUUGUGGCAACAUAAAAUGACGGAUGGCAUGAGCAUCCAUAAAUAUUAUCAACGAAGUAAGGAGUUGAUACAGAACAUUAAAACCCUUGCCAAACAAAAAGAAGUUUUUAAAAAUAAUUGGAGUGCUAUUAAUCUCUUCAUCGACGAGGAUGGCCUCGCUGCAUUUAUUUCAGGAUUUCAGGGCACGUACUUUGGCCAUGUUCAAGCGGCCCGACCCAAAGACAUAGAGGACGCGUAUGCAUUCUUAUGCAAAUUUAAAAAAAAAAAUAAAGAAAUAGUUGCAAACAGUAUCAGUGAAAAAACACAUCACAAAGCAUUAAAUAAAUUUGAAGGUCCUUUUAAAGGAAGACAGCCAAAUAUUCAAAAGCCCACAUUUACACCAAAAAACGAAGUUGAAAUGUCAAAACCAUUUCAUACACAAAAUAACUACGUUACACCAAUGGAUGUUGACCCAUCUCUGAGAAGUACACUUACUCUAAACAAAAAGUUGAUUAAUAACACAGAAUUGGAUUCGAGAAAUAACGAUUCAUCCGACGAAGAAGAGACUGUGGAAGGAAACUUAAAUUUUCACGGGACUCUUCCGGAAACAGACGUAAACAUAGCAAAAGAUCAAAAUUUCCUACCCUAUCUUUUGAUCGAAGAUAUUUCCAGCAACAGGAAAAUACGCCUGCUUAUUGACACAGGCACAAACAAGAAUAUUAUCAGAGAUGGAAUAAUACCAACAGUAGAAAAUACUUGCACAACAAAAAUAAAAAACAUUUUUGGAACACAUACUAUAAACAAAAAAUGCAAACUUGAGCUUUUAGGGCCAAACAUACCAGCACUAACUUAUUUCGUAUUAACAUUUCACGAGUUCUUUGAUGGAAUCAUCGGCUCUGAAUUUAUGUCCAAAACGAAUACAUUUAUAGAUUAUAAAACCGGUACAAUAUGCAUUAACGGAAUUGAAACUCGUUUCAAAAAAUAUUUCCCGUCAAACAAAUACUAUUACCAUACAGUCACAGUGGAAACCGAUAGGGACGGUGACUGGUUUGUCCCAACGUAUAAAAUUUUUUCCCAAAAUACACUAAUUCAACCAGGUUUGUAUUCAUCACGAAACAAUAAAACCACUAUCAAAGUAUUUUCAAAAAACAAAGAAAUACUUGUCAUGCCGAAAUUAAAAUUAACAGUGAAUAACUUUGAAACCCUUUGUCCAAUCCCCAAUAAUUCAGAAGAAAUGCCUAACAAAGAGGUGAUAGGUGAAUUAAUAAGGACACAACAUUUAUCGGACUAUGAGAAAACUAGACUGAAACUAGACACAAUCAUUGAUAACCAUCAAGUUCUACUUAAGAACGACGAAAAACUCACCUCCACGACUGCGAUAAAACAUAAAAUACUGACGAAAGAUGAAGAUCCAGUCUAUACAAAAACAUACCGUUACCCACAUCAUUACAAAGAAGAUGUAGAAUCACAGAUUCGAGAAAUGUUAGAAAGUGGGAUAAUUACACCGUCAACAAGCCCGUAUUCCUCACCAAUAUGGGUCGUACCAAAAAAAAUGGACGUUUCGGGCAAACGAAAAAUAAGAGUAGUCAUUGAUUACAGGAAGUUGAAUGACAAAACCAUCAAUGACAAAUUUCCAAUGCCAGAAAUUGAGGAUAUCCUCGAUAACUUGGGAAAAUCUCAAUAUUUUUAAACAUUAGAUCUAAAAUCAGGAUUCCAUCAGAUCGAAAUGGAUCCUAACCACCAGGCAAAAACAGCUUUCUCUACUAACCAAGGGCACUUCGAAUUCACGAGAAUGCCAUUUGGGCUUAAAAACGCUCCCGCCACAUUUCAACGGACAAUGAACAAUAUUCUAUCCGAUUAUAUUGGCUCAAUCUGUUAUGUUUAUCUCGAUGAUAUUAUUAUCAUCGGACACAGCCUAGAAAACCACCUGGAAAACAUUUCUAAAAUACUCCAACGACUUUCAAAAUUCAACUCGAUAAAUGUGAAUUUUUACGCAGAGAAACGAACUUCCUUGGACACAUAAUCACACCCGACGGAAUACGUCCAAAUCCAGACAAAGUCCAACAAAUUUUAGAUUGGCCUUUGCCAAAGAACGAAAAACAAAUAAAACAGUUUCUUGGACUGUCGGGGACUUUGAUCUAACAACAGAUGCUAGUGAUUACGCCGUGGGUGCAGUCCUAUCACAAGUGCAAAACGAAGUAGAACGACCUAUUGCAUUCGCGAGUAGAACUCUUAACAAGGCCGAAACAAACUACUCAACAAUAGAAAAAGAGGCCCUGGCAAUAAUAUGGGCUAUACGUAAAUACAAGCCAUACUUAUUUGGUAACCAGUUUAAGUUAUUUACAGAUCACAAGCCUCUUACAUUUAUAAAAACCUCCAUGAAAAAUAAUAGAAUAUUACACUGGAGACUAGAACUCGAGAAUUAUCAAUACACAGUUGAAUAUAAACAGGGUAAGGCAAAUGUCGUAGCAGACGCCCUUAGUAGAAAAAUCGAGAAUACAACUGAAACAUACACACACUCUACAGAUAACAUAAACACGAAACAAACAAAUAUUACUGAAAUUAAUGCCCAUACUGACAGCCCAGACAUUGUAUCAGAUGACCUAGAGACAGUACACUCAGCACACACCUCCGACGAUUAUUUUAUUAAAUCGACAGAGAGACCGAUUAAUUACUAUCGAAACCAAUUAAUAUUUCGACAUUCCAGACUCAACAUAGAAGCAACAGAAUCACCAUUCCUGAACUAUAGACGAGCAACAGUAAGCAUGAAUGACUAUAACGAAAAUUCAAUCACAGAAUACAUACAAAGACACCACAACGGAAAGCAAACUGCAAUUUUAGCUCCAGAAAACCUAAUCAAUCUCAUUCAACUAUCUUACAAGAAUCAUUUUAGCAAAACAGGAUACUUCGUAAUAACGCACUAUCAAGUCGAAGACGUUAGAAGCGAAGAGAAGCAAAACCUACUGAUCACACAAGAACACGAACGAGCACAUCGCGGAAUAUCAGAAGUGGAAAACCAGCUAAAACGAGCAUACUUCUUACCAAAGAUGCAUAACAAGAUCAAGGCGGCAAUCAACGCAUGUGUAAUCUGUAACACACAUAAAUACGAAAGAAGGCCGUACAAUGUCAAAAUCUCCCCAAGACCCUCAACCGAAAAACCAAUGGAGAGAGUUCAUAUGGACAUUUUUUCUAUUAAUUCUUACAAUUUUCUAUCAAUGGUUGAUUCUUUUUCCAAAUUUGCACAAAUGAUUCCAAUUCAAACCAAGAACCUGAUUGACGUCAAAAACGCACUUGCAAAUUUCUUUAGUAAUUUUGGUGCCCCAUUACAGAUUGUAACGGAUCAUGAAACAACCUUCAGAUCUAUUCAAUUAAAAAACUUUCUAAAUAAUCUAGGAACCUCCCUAACUUACGCUUCAUCUUCAGAAAGCAAUGGACAAGUAGAGAAGACGCAUUCAACCAUUAUAGAAAUUUACAAUACAAAUAAACAUAAAUUUCAGGAUAUGAGUACACCGACACUAAUAGCACUCUCUAUUUCUUUAUAUAAAUCCAGAGUACAUUCAACAACUAAUUAUAAGCCGAACGAAAUUUUAUUCAAUCAAAGGAAUGUAACAGAUCCACAAGAAAUUUCAAGUAAAGCCCAGAAGAUAUUUACACAAACUAAAAUUAAUAUAGACAAGGCCAGUCAAAAACAAACAAAAGAUAAUUACAGAAAAAAAGGAACCACCUACAAUCAAUGAAGGUCAAAUAGUGUUUGUCCAACCAAAUAUAAGAAAAAAGUUAGAUCCAAGAGCAGUUCCAACUAAUGCAUAUCAAGUCGAAGAAAAAACAUUUGAAAAUUCAAGAAUCAAGAGACACAAAAACAAAAUAAAGAGGCAAAAAAAAGAGUAACCAUGCCUAAACUAAUCCUAUUACUACUAUUUUCUUUGUUUCAACAAAAACAUUGUCAGCACUUAGAAAUUAAAUGUCUUAAUCAAGAUCCAAUAUUAUUAAUGCAUUUAAGAAAUUGUUAUAUUCAAACUGGCACUAUCAAAAUUAUACACCCUAUAUAUUUAACAACCCUAGAAGAAAAUGUUAAUACUUUCUUAGAGAUCUCAAGAAAAAUUGAUAGAACUCUACCAAUAUCAGAUCUAAUUAUAUGCAGAAGUAGACGAAUAGCAAAUAAUUUGAUUCAACUUAAACCAAUUAAAACCAAACGACAAAAACGAUGGGACAGUAUCGGCACAGUCUGGAAAUGGAUAGCAGGAAGCCCCGACGCGGAGGACCUACGUAUCAUCAAUAGUACUUUAAACGACCUAAUCGAUCAAUCAAACGAGCAAAUUAAAAUCAACCACGCAAUCAACGACAGACUUGCGACAAUAACCGAUAACAUCAAUCAACUGAUCGAUCACCAUACUUCACUCAACACUAUACUACUGAAAGAGAUGGACGCAAUCUCCCUACUCCUCUACCUGGAUGCAACCAACAAUAUCCUUGAGGACAUCGAAGAUGCCAUACUAAGAGCGAAGAAAAUCGUGCUCACAGUUCGUUACCCCCGUUCAAACAGUAAGGCAAAAACAAAGAAACAAGGAAACACACAGCAAUUGACCGAGGACGUCCAAUCUUACCCCCCGGAGGAAUUAUGCGACGGUCCAAGCCACGAGAUCACAAACUUAAGCAACAAGUAACAAUCAACCGUCAUCGAUAACCAGCCAUCAUCAAAGCCGGUACUGUACCAUCACGAGAGGAACGGCACAAAGCAGAUGGGAUUUGUUUACUUUUCUAGAUAGACCAACGCAAAGCGAUAACGUUACAUAAGUAGAAUUAGUAAGGAUAAACAAGGAUGAGAAAGAGAAUGAUGAUUAUGAAAACUCCGAUCGCCUAUUGGCGAUCUAACGCAAAACGUAAACGAUCGGUUAGACAUCUGGAUUUUGUUUUUGAACUAAGAAAAUGAUGCUAAUGUAACCUAAAACUCAAAAACAAAUCACGUAUAUUUUACUUUCGGGCUUUCCAAGGUAUUUCUCACAUGCAGGAAUCGUGCAUUUUUCUACUUGUGUUUGAUUGUGCUCUCGAAUUUCCUUCUUUAAUUCAACCAUUGUCAACAUUUUUAUAGUUUUCACUACUGAAAGAGGUGAAUAAAUAACAUGUUAUAUAUAAAAUUGCGCAGAAUUAAAUUUCUAACAAACUCAUCGCAAUCAUAUAAUCUUUUAUGAUUAUAACAUUGUAAUUUAUGGAAAGAACUACAAACCUUCCAUAAGCUCACAUGGCAAAAUUUAAAACCAUCAUCACUUUCACCGCAGCGCCGCCUAGGUGUAGAUUUGUACGUUAGAUCGCCAAUCGGUCGAGCCUCAGUCUUGUUUCAUUAGCUGUUAAGUAAAGAAGGAAAUAAAGUUCAGGGUUUCAACCCAUAAUUAUAUAUUGACAACAUUUAAUGGCUGAAAUGAAUCUAAAUUGAAAUAAAAUGAAUAAUCAUAACAGAAUCUCAAAAUCUCAUCGCAAAAUGUUUGUAUUAGUAUUUGCUAAAAGUCUUUCGAAGACAAAUCUGUGUGUAAAAUCCGAAAUAUAAAAGUUAUACCAGGGACAGACAUACAGCUGUACUUGCGCUGUAAGGGUACAGCGUUGUACAGGUACUAUCGUACCAUGACAGACAUACUUUAGUUGUACAUUGUACCAUAUGUCAAAUUGACAAUCAGAAUUUUUUCCAAAUUUCACCACAUAUUUCAAUGAAAAAGGUUUUUAUUUAGCGUCUUGAUAGUUUGAACACAACAAAUAUGUUUCCAAUUUGAGUUAUUAACUCAAGAGAAAGUCAGUGAAAAGAAUGUUUACCAAGUGUUUUGAUUCGAUUUGUUCAUGCUAACGACCACUAGCCGUCUAUGGCGCUGCGCACAGUACAACUGUAGCCAUGUACAGCGGUAAAACAGGUCGGUACAGGUACAGCGAUUGUACCGAGUUGCAUGCAUGGUUCUAGCGCUGUACAUGGUGACAGACAUACAAUUUUCGAAGUACAACGGUAGUACAGCUGUAUGUCUGUCAUAAGUAUUAGAGCAAAGAAACUUUUUUUUUCAUGGUGACCCUAACGCAACCCAGAAGAAACGCUAUAUUGGUUAUUACAAGAGAUAGAAAAAAAACUUUGUUCUACAAAUAUGUCUCAAAUAACUGGGACUACAACAUUGUCGAACUAUGUUUACCUCUAUAGAUUUUUUAUUUCAUCGAAAAUUUUAGUCACCCUAUUUUCGACAACAUGAAAAUGAGCGCUCUAUCAUGUGUAACAACUUUGUCGAAGACAGUUUUUGUCUAGAGAAUAACUUUCGAGCUCUAAAUGCUAAUUUCCACCUAAAUGCAUCUCCUGGACCAUUGCGCAUUAGUAGCUGCCUGUAUCCUGAAGCGUGGAAUCCUAUGGGUGUCACCCACUGCCAUCAGAAAAAUGUCGUCCGCGUAGACAAACACGAAGACUCCCUCAGGCGAUUUUUUUGUUUCGCCCGUGAACAAAACAAUAAAGUUAAAAUUGCCAAUCUUAUAAACGAGAAUAGUUAUUAUACCUUACUCUAUAUACACCAUUUCAACCGAGCUGUUACACAUCUCUGAAAACUAAAAAAAAACCGAAUGGUUCUAACGUUAUGACACGUAAUGUAUCAAAAUUUAAAAAAAUGCUCAAAUUUCAAUAUCUCACGAAAAGGUUAAAGAUAUGUAAAAGAAAAAAUAACUAUUAUAUUAACGGUCGUAUGUCUGCUCUCCGCCACCAAACCUUUUUUACCAUACAUAUGGUGGCUCUGGGUCACCAUAGAAAAAGGAUUAUAGUUAAAAAUCAGGGCUGCAUGUUGAGGUGUUUCGAAAGUUCACAAAGAAUUGAAUAAAACUUGUUUAUCUUUAUAAUCUUACAAAUAAUGUAUCACUACUCUUUCAAGUAAAAAUUAUUUCGACCAAUACGACACCCAUGUCCAAACCGACACAAAUAUCGAUCGCCCGCACCAAAAAUUUACUAGAAAUUUAUUUUUGCUGAUGUCCUGGGCCGUUUUUGACUCCGACACUGCUUAAUCUUGCAUUAUGGCAACGUGCCGGUCCAUCCCUCCCUUAUUAAGUGCGCUACACAUACAACGUCCCGUCACCGUGAAGUCAACGUAAAG